AGCAGGUGACUUCUGGCUAUCUCCGGACACCGCCAGCUCCGUGUCCUCCGGCCCGCACUCGGGGCCGAAGUUCCCUCCGGGCGGUCGGCGGCUUGGGAAGGAUAAUUGGGCUUUUCCCGUCCCCUCCGUCGGCCCGGAGCGGUUAGGAUGUGGUGAGAGGAUGGAGGUUUUCCAGCGCGAGAGGCAAAAUGGCCAGGGAGGAUUCCGUCAAGUGCCUGCGCUGCCUGCUGUACGCCCUCAACAUGCUCUUUUGGGUGAUGUCCAUCAGCGUUUUGGCAGUGUCCGCUUGGAUGAGAGAUUACCUGAAUAAUGUUCUGACCUUAACUGCUGAAACGAGGGUGGAAGAAGCUGUCAUUGUGACUUACUUUCCUGUGAUCCAUCCAGUCAUGAUUGCUGUCUGCUGUCUCCUGAUCAUUGUGGGGAUGUUAGGAUAUUGCGGAGCGGUGAAAAGAAAUUUGUUGCUUCUCGCAUGGUACUUUGGAAGUCUGCUCGUGAUUUUCUGUGUUGAACUUGCCUGUGGAGUUUGGACCUAUGAGCAGGAAAUCAUGGCCCCCGUCCAGUGGUCAGAUAUGGUCUCCUUAAAAGCCAGGAUGACAAACUACGGUUUGCCUAGAUACCGGUGGUUGACUCAUGCUUGGAAUUUCUUUCAGAGAGAGUUCAAGUGCUGUGGAGUGGUGUAUUUCACCGACUGGCUGGAGAUGACUGAGCUGGACUGGCCCCCAGAUUCCUGCUGCGUGAGGGAGUUCCCAGGAUGUUCCAGGCAGGCACACGAUGAAGACCUCAGCGACCUUUAUCAAGAGGGCUGUGGGAAGAAGAUGUACACAUUCCUGAGGGGCACAAAGCAGCUGCAAGUGCUGCGAUUCUUGGGAAUCUCCAUUGGUGUGACCCAAAUCCUGGCUAUGAUCCUUACCAUUACCCUGCUCUGGGCACUGUACUAUGACAGAAGGGACCGUGGGGCCGAGCAGAUGACACCCCUGAAGGAAGAAGUUUCCCAGCACCUGUCCUGUCAUUCAGUAGAGCUGCUGAAACCGAACCUAACCAGGAUCAUUGAACACGCAUCCGUGGCCCACAGCCUGAAUACGCACUUUGAAAUGGAGGAGCUGUAGAUAACGCUAAAGAACAAAGCCGCCGAAAUGGGCAGAUCCGACUUCGGCUUUGGUUCAUCCUGCUUUCUGUGUCAUGGACUUUUAUCCAUCUGGGUGCGAUCCAUGGAUGCAUAGGAACGAGUCAGAUUCGAGUACUCGUUUAAAGCUCUACUUUUCUUAAAUGUCCAAAAAACCUUCAUGUUUAACAUUAUCGGAGGGAGACGGUCAAAUCUGCCCAACAUCCAUUAGGUAUUUAGUUUGUCAAGCACUGAUUCAAUCACAUUCAGUAAUUGCUAGGAGAGAGUAAUUGAAGCCACCCAUUCUGUGAUUUUUCUCGGGAGCGUGAUACUAAACUUACACAAAAGAUGGGUCAGUGAAAAAAAUGGAACAUUUACUGAUGUUGGGGAAAUGGGCUUCACUGUUUUUUUGCUAAACCAAGUGCCUGCAGCUAAUCAGGGAUCUAUGUGUAUAUAAGCAUGCGUGUCAGUCUGUAUAUUUUGGUAGAAUUCAGGCCCAGUAAAAUGUUCUGAUUGACAACUGUUGUGAAAAGGGCAAAAUCGUCUUUGGUACAGCACUUUCAGUUCAGCCUUUUCUUUGAAAGAUCUUUAAAAUGCUGUUCUUUCUAUUAUAGUAACUGAUCACUGUUCAAUUAAAUGUUUAUUGACAGGUGUCAAGUCCCACAGGUAAUCAGUUAUCAUCAUUAAUCUGAAUGGGGCGCUUUCCUUUCCAAACCUUUAAUAAGGUUGUGAAUGUUCCUAAGGUUGAAGCUUAAGGGGCUGAUUCCUUUCCAGAAUAGGAAUCAAUGAGAGACUGAAACACUAAAAAGCAUAGCAAUGCCUUGCUCAAAUCAAACCAACUAUAGAGGUUGAUACAGCAAGCAGUUUACGGAGGUAAGUUCUAUAGGUUAAGUUCACUUUGAGUAGGGAGAAAAACAUUUUAGAUUUAAUUUCCUCAAUAAAUGCUCCCAGGGGGUUUAUUCGAGUUAUGAAGUUUCUAAAAAAGUUAAAUAUAUUUAUUUUCAAUGGGAAAAGUGCAUUUUACUGUAUUUUGUAUACUAUGUUUAUUUCAUAGGAUAUUUGAAAGAAAAUUAAACCGAUGUGAAUAACUUUUCUAGAGCAGUCAUUUGUUUGCAAGCUUUUCAAUCAUACCAACUGCUUUGACAUUUUUCCGUUUGAGGAGAGAAAAUGAAGAUGUGAAAUAGCUUUUGUGACUUCUUGAACAGCCUUACUGAUGUAUACUUUAUUUUUCAUGAAACUCCAAGGUACCUGUCCUUUCUUUUGAAAUUUGAUUCCAUGGGUGAAGCGUCCCUAAAUGCUUUAGAGCCGAGCCUAAAAGAACGGAAACAUGAUUUCAAGGACUCUGGCUCAGUUUUCUCAUUAAAAGCGCUUUUUGGA